AGAGGAAGCCGACACAUUUGUCUGCCCCCAGGUUCCAGCUAUUUUUAUAAAAACUAAGAAGCAGCAGGUUAUUUAAAAAGAAAAGAAAAGCUGCAUGACUGAGCUCAGAUCUGUCCUCGUCUCUACUUUUGCUUUUCUCCGCUUCAUUCCAGCGCUGCGCCUUUAAAAGCACAAACUGCUCCAUGUUUUCAGACCCAACUCUUCCACGGACCCACAGACCGGCGGCCACGUACGGCUCCGCGCUCCCUCGGUUACCCCCGCGCUCCGGUGCUCAGCGGCGGACUACUUCUCAUCAACCGUCGCGGCUUUAACAACAUGUUUUAAAAGUACUUCACGGUUGUUUUUAACACGGGUGCGGGUGGGUAAGGUUUUUUUUAAAAAAAAUUCUGGAUGAGGGUUCCCUGCUGGGACUGUACAGCGGGAGGAGGGGGCGGUGUGAGGGGUCGUCCAGGCUAUCGGAUCCGGGAUCUGCUCCCAGUUAUAAGCAGACACACGCAGGCUUGUUCGGGGCAGAGCCGGACGGACGGAGGGUGGAGGAGGAGGAGGACUUUCACGGGGGUGGACGCGGAGUUUUCAACUUUUAUUCAUUAACCCUGGACGAUUUAAGGGACGGUAAAAAAAAAAGUUAGAAACAGCAGAGAGACGUUUUACUUUGGGGGAUCUGGACCUUUUUUUUGUCACCCGUGAAGACUCCGAGGUGCCGGACCGUGAGCGAAUAACUCCCCCUGGAAGUAUCACUCUUUAACCGGCUGCUGGGGCUUUAGCUCGGCUUUAGCCUCUGGAACUUCACUUUGACGCAGCGGACAUAUUUAAUAUCUCCACCAUGGAUAAAUACGAGGAUUUGGGACUGGAGGCGAGUAAGUUCAUCGAGGACCUGAACAUGUACGAAGCAUCCCGGGAUGGUUUGUUUCGGACGAGGAGUCAUGCGGGAAACAACCCAGACUUUGAGGAGACGCGAAAGGUCUUCGCCUCUAAAAUGACUAAAAUCCACAUGCAGAAGCACCAGGAGGAGAUGGCCAAAACCACCCAGGCUAUUAAAAUGAAUGGAGGUCACAGCAGCACUUAUUACACCAAAGACAGGCCGCCCAUCAACAGUUUCAGGCAGCCGGGGGAGGCGGCAGCGAAGCCCCCGAUGCUCUCCGGCCCUGCGUCGGGCACCGGGAGUCAGUACGCGCCGUUUGACGGCCAUAAACAUCACCCGGGGGUCCAGUGUGAGCUUCCAGCAGGGCGGGCAUAUGGCUACGGGAACAGCUACGACAACCAGGAGCCGCAUUCAUACCAGAACAACAGCCCUACUCCUCCUCCGAGCCCAGGAAACGUGUCUCACUGCGCGCCCACACAUGCUCGUCACCCGGUCAGCCAGCCGGCCGCCUGGGCCCCCUGCCGGGAGAGCCAGCUCUCUCCGUGUCCGUCUGAGAGCAGCACUUCAUCUCAGCCCCCGCGCCUCCCUGCGCCCCCCACCGUCAACAGCCUUCCAUCCCAGCAGAGCCAGGCUGGCAUCCCUGCUUCUGUAAACAGGAGUCCACCCUCCUCUGCCGGGCCGGUCAGGGGUUGGGCCGGAGAACCUCCUGGCUCUGCCAGACCAGACCUCAUCCCCGCCCUGCCUCUGAGUGCCUUCACAGGGGGAGCAGAUUUCCACGUGCAUCAGUCCUCCACGCAGCCUGCAGCCUACUAUGCACCACCUUCUCCAACUUUAAGAUCCUCUCCCAUCCACAAUGGCCCUGGCAGAGCUUCCCCUGUCCAACCUGCACCCCCUGAAUCACCUCAACCCAAGGUCCAGGUGGCAUCUGCUGCCUUCAGCCAUACCACUGUCUCCAAAAGCAGCAGCCAGAGUCAAGGUCAGAGCCAAAUACCGAGCUGUGGACAGGCUCUCAUUGCUGAAGCCGAGGCCCUCCGUUCCCCCAGGGCUGCCCAGCCACCCUGCCAGUCUCUACUCACGCAACCCCCUGAUCAGGGGCCCUCGGCUGCUGAAAUAAAAUUAGAAGCUCUCACUAAACGUCUGGAAAAAGAGAUGGAUGCCCAGCCAAAGGCCGACUACUUUGGAGUGUGUGUGAAGUGUAACAAGGCCGUGCAUGGAGCCAACCAGGCCUGCCAGGCGAUGGGGAGCCUCUACCACGACAGCUGCUUCACCUGCAGUGCCUGCAGUCGAAAGCUGAGAGGGAAGGCUUUCUACUAUGUCGGAGGGAAGGUUUUCUGUGAAGAGGACUUUCUGUACUCUGGUUUUCAACAGUCUGCAGACAAGUGCAACGCUUGUGGACAUCUGAUUAUGGACAUGAUCCUGCAAGCCCUCGGGAAGUCCUACCACCCCGGCUGUUUCCGCUGCGUCGUCUGUAACGAGAGCCUUGAUGGAGUGCCCUUCACUGUGGACACUGAAAACAAGAUCUACUGUGUCAAAGACUACCACAGGGUCCUGGCCCCGAAAUGUGCAGCGUGUAAUCAGCCCAUCCUGCCCUCAGAGGGGUCUGAUGAAACCGUUCGAGUUGUAUCCAUGGACAAGGACUACCACGUGGAAUGCUAUCACUGUGAGGAUUGCAAGAAGGAGCUGAACGACGAGGAGGGUCACCGCUGCUACCCCCUGAACGGCCACCUCCUCUGCCACUCCUGCCACCUGAAGAACAUCGAGCCCGGCUGCUCCUCUCCUGUCACGACCUCCUCCUUCUGAACCCUUCUGUAGGCGAACGGAGACGCCUGGUGGACGUAACAAAGAACUGCCAAAGAGUGACUUGAGCUGCAGGAGCGUACGUGUACAAUUCUUGUUGUAGAGGAUUGAUUGAUUUAACGCCUCAACUAAUACUACGGUUAGGUUUGUGUUCUGACAGGAAUGUUAAUAGGAAGGUUAUGAUGCAGUGAUGAAGUAUUGUAAUUCACCAAAACUCUUCUUUGAAUGCUAUAUAUUGACUUUGCAGUAAGAUUUGCCAAUAUCAUUAUUUGUAUGUAAAUAUCAGUUGCAUUGGCCGUGUAAAUAUCUUAUAGUCAAUUUCUUUUAGAUACAGUGUGCCUUCAAAUCCCCUUUCACACGCCUGCUGUUAAAUUACAGCUCAACAUGCAUCUACAAAUCCUCUGUCCAAAGGUUCUGCUAAGAUUUACAAAAAUAUGUGUAGGUUAAGUCCACGGAAAUCCCUGGUACCUAGUGUUUAAGUCAGACAGAAAGGAUAACUUAAUAUUCAGUCUACUGUUGAAGAUAAAUGGUUUGGUUUCCCCUCUGAACGGAGGACAAGAGUUUCUGCAUGCAAUAAAUGAACAGUGGAAACAAACUAUUUUUUAAUGAAUAUUAUCUCAAUCUGAAGUGUUCCUUCUCUUUAUAUAGUGGUUACCAGGGGUCGAGUUAGGGGAUCCGACAACACAGACCCUCAGUUUAUUGAAUCGCACACAGAGCCAGCGAUGUUGUUCAUUUCUCAUAUGCAAUAAGUUAUAACUUCUGAAUACAAACAUUUCAUUGAAAAUGUUGCUAUGCCUUUCUGAGCUCAAAAUGUUUUUAGGACUUUUCCCUUUUUGUUUAGUCUCAUCAGGAAUGCAGAGGAAAGCCAGGUAAUUGUUGUUUGUCACAUGCAGCCUGUUAGCACUUAUGCUACAUGUUUGAGUUUUCUAUGCACCUAUGAAGAGGUUGGGUAUUAGACCUGUAGAGCUACAUAUUCUGUUACAGUUGCGUUAUAACGAAAAGAUGAUACACAUCGUAGGUCUAUGUUAAUUUACUCUUGUUUCAUUUGUGCAAAAAUAAACCCCUGUGAUACUAAUGUGAUUUGCAGUGGUAAGAGCAGUUUGGAUUUAUCUUUCUUUGCCAUCCAAAUGUUAUCAGUGUCUUCAAACAUAUACAUAUGUGCUGUUAAGAAUAUAUUUAAUAAAUGCAUCGCAAUUUAAAGACUU